AUGUCGUUGGAUACAUGGGACCAGAAAAUAGGACAUGCUACAGUGUUAUUGCAUAAAAAUAAAGAAGAUGAUGCGUUAAAAAUAUUAACAGAAAUAAUAGACGACAUGUCCAAAAAUGUUACAGGUCUUAAGAAUGAAGAAAAGGCAGAUCUUAUAACAACAGCAUGUCUUGAACGGAUCAACAUACAUUUUGACAAGAAAAUGUUCGAAGAGGUGUUAAUCGACUUUAAUAUUCUGGAAAAAAAUCACUACGACAUUUAUCUUCAUCCAGAUUCCUGUCUAAAAAAGACGGAAUCAAUGGAGCAAGUAGCUCGAGCUAAUUUAGACAUGGAAUUCAAGAAAAUGGAUAGUAGCUUGUAA